CUGCCCAGACACGUUUGGUACUUUUAAUCUCCAGUUGGUAACAGUCACCACCCGAGACGAGCCGAUCAGUGGUGAAGAGGAUAAAAGUGAUAAUAGAUAGUCCUCUGACAGUGAAAAAUGUCCAAGAUUAUUGAAUGCGUGCCAAACUUCUCGGAAGGACGUGAUAAAUCGGUGAUAAAGGCAAUAGCAGAUGCGGUUCGUGAAACCCCGGGGGCGACCCUCCUGGACGUAGACCCCGGACACUCUACUAACCGCACCGUCUACACUUUCGUCGGCAACCCUACAAAUGUCGUCGAGGCUGCCCUCAAUGCCGCUAAGGUCGCCUACAAGCUCAUCGAUAUGACCAAGCAUAAAGGCGAACAUCCGCGCAUGGGGGCUCUGGACGUAUGCCCAUUCAUUCCGGUGCGUGGGGUCACGGUCGAGGAGUGUGUCAUUGUGGCCAAGACCUUCGGGAAACGUCUAGCCGAGGAGCUGGGCGUCCCGGUCUUCCUCUACGGCACCGCCUCCACCAGGGACUACCGCAAGACCAUGCCUCAGAUCCGCGCCGGGGAAUACGAGGGCAUGAAGGACAAGCUACAACUGCCAGAGUGGGCUCCGAACUUCGGCAGCCGGGAGUGGGUGGCUCGGUGGGGAGCGACUGUCACAGGAGUCAGGAAGUUCCUUAUCGCCUAUAACGUCAACAUGGUGGCCACUAAGGAGCAGGCACAUAGGAUCGCGCUAAACCUUCGUGAGCAAGGCCGUGGACCUGACCAGCCUGGCCGCCUCCGUUGCUGUCAGGCCAUCGGUUGGUAUCUCCAGGAGCAGAAUAUUGCCCAGAUCAGCAUCAACCUCACUGACUUUGAUGUUACGCCCAUACACAUCGCCUACGAGGAAGCAAAGAAAGAUGCCGAAGAAAUAAACCUGGCGGUAACGGGAUCUGAGAUUGUGGGUCUGGUGCCCCUUGUGGCCAUCCUGCAGGCGGCCGAAUUCUACAUCCAAAAGGAGAACCUCUUCAUCCUAGACGAGGACCAGAAGGUGCACCUCGCCAUCAACCGCCUAGGCCUUAGCACCAUUUCGCCCUUUAAACCAAAGGAGCGGAUCAUCGAGUACUGCUUGGAGGAGAGUGAUGUCGGGGAGCUAGCACGGGGCAGCGUUGAACAGUUCAUCAGGGGUGUGGCAGCCCGCACACCUGCCCCUGGGGGUGGUUCAGUCGCCGCCACUGUUGCUGCUCUCGGAGCGGCUUUGGGCGCCAUGGUGGGGCAGCUGACUUAUGGAAAGCGUCAGUGGGAGGCACUGGACAGUACCAUGAGGCAACUCAUCCCACCUCUCCACCAAACUGCCACUUCCCUCAUCCCCGCCAUCGAUGCAGACACUGCCGCUUUUAACAACUACAUGGCAGCCAUGAAACUACCACAAAAGAAUGAUCAGGAACGGAGUUCUCGGGAGGCGGCGCUGAAGAUUGCUACCGAGGAAACCAUUCAGGUACCGUUAUCCCUUAUGAGGAAAGUCAACACCGAUACAUGGGACUGCUUCACUCAGCUGGCCGCUGUUGGUAACAUCAACUGCAGGUCCGACCUCCAGGUGGGAGCGCGAUGUCUGGAGGCAGGUGCUUGGGGUGCCUACUACAACGUCCUCAUUAACCUUGACAACAUCACCGACGAAGUCAUCAAGGCAAAGUAUCUCAAGGAGGCGGUUGAUCUCCUGCAGCAAGCGAGGAAGGGCUGCUCUACCGUGCUUGAAGCCGUCGAUAAGAGACAAAAGUAAUGACAAACAAAGGAGACGUUCUGGAAGGAUUACGAAAUCAUUAUGGGCAGAGGGAAUAUUAUUAGACUAGUGAAUCACACCCUGCAGUCAACGAAUGCUAUUAACGUUUUCUAGUUCCAUCCUCUUUCUGUUUUAACAUACAGUAUAGCGUAUAUUGAUGUUUCCUUCAAGUUUUUUUUUUUGCUUUUAUAUAGUUGUUUAUACAUAAGAAAAUAAGGAGUCUGCAAUAGGCCGGUUGGCCUGUGCAUGGCAGCUCCUGUCGAGA